CUCCUCUCUCCGCUCGAUCGCGGAGUCACGUGACAGUAGGACAAUAACAACACAGUGGAGCUGGAGGAACGGGGAAGUCCCGGAGACCCGAAUCCUUACAGAACAGAGAAAAACAUUGAUCCUUUCACAUUAGCAUUGAUUUGAUAUCAAUAUCGGGGUUGCAUGUUCCAUCUAUAUUUGGAUCGAUCCGCCCACUACUACCAAACAGCAGGCCGACAGUUGGGCGACCUGCAGAAAUGUCGUCGGUUGUAGUUUUCUUCUCCCUCCCGAUGUUGGUGGCUUCAGCGUUGAAAGAGGUUUGUGUGAGGCCUGGAGAAGAUGCCACUCUUCAGUGUUGGGGUCCCAGAAAUGCACAUAUCACCCUGCUGGAGUGGAGCAGGCCGGAGCUCAUCUCACAGGGUUAUGUGUUCUUCUUCCAAGACCAGCGCUCGUAUGAGAACUACCAGCACGAGUCCUUCAAAGGACGAGUGGAGCUGAGAGACCCGUCCAUGAAGGAUGGAGACGUUUCUGUGAUUGUGAGGAACGUCAGCAUCAGCGAUACAGGAACAUACGAGUGUCAGAUUACAACCAGCAGCACCAGAAAUGGUGAGAGAGUCAUCAAAGAGUUCAAGCACUCCAUCAACCUCACAGUCACAGAGUCUGUUCAGAUAAACAUCACAGCUGGACACAACGUAAUUCUGCCAUGUCGAGCUCCAAACAUCGACAGCAAUUCCAAGGCAGUUGUAGAGUGGAGCAGAGCUGAUCUUGGAAAAGAUUAUGUUCUUUUGUAUCGGGAUGAGCAGCCUGAUCCAGAAGAGCAGCAUCCAUCUUUUAAGAACCGGGUGGAUCUGCAGGACAGACAGAUGAAGGAUGGAGACGUGUCUUUGAUUCUGAAGGAUGUGACGACUGCUGAUGCUGGAACAUACGAGUGUCGCGUCUUCAGGAGAAGAACAAACCGCAGGAAGAGAGCUAAUCUGGAGACUGACCCCAUCAGUGUCAUAACCCUGAGAGUUGUUGAUCCUCCAGGUCAGAUGGAUGGGGUCAGCAGAAGACAUCCUGGACUGGUAGCUGCCUUGUCACUUUUUGCUGUGAUUGCUGCUUUGGCGAUCUUUAAUAAACUAAAACCUCCUCCUGAGCCAGUUUGAAGCAAAACA